CGGGGCGGGCGGCAGGGGAGGGCUCGAGGCGGUUGGUUGGAGCGUCGCAGCACCGGAGAGGUCCGGGAAAGUUUCUUUGGAGGUGCGCCCGGGAUCCGCCAUGUCCCACGGCUCCAAGCAGCCCGGCGCGGCGGCCGCGACUCAGGCCCCCACGCUGCUGCCAGAUCCGCCGUCAGAGUGGGGGGUGGAGGUGACCCUGGCGUCCCAUGGCUCCAGGCCGGCGGGUGGCAAGGCUCCUGGACAGCAUGGGGGCUUCGUGGUCUCUGUCAAGCAAGAGCGCGGCGAGGGCCCGCGGGCCGGCGAGAAGGGGUCCCAGGAAGAGGAGCCGGUGAAGAAGCGUGGCUGGCCCAAGGGCAAGAAGCGGAAGAAGAUCCUGCCGAACGGUCCCAAAGCACCGGUCACUGGCUACGUGCGCUUCCUGAAUGAGCGGCGCGAGCAGAUCCGCACGCGCCACCCGGACCUGCCCUUUCCCGAGAUCACCAAGAUGCUGGGCGCCGAGUGGAGCAAACUGCAGCCGGCUGAGAAGCAGCGGUACCUGGACGAGGCUGAGCGGGAGAAGCAGCAGUACAUGAAGGAGCUUCGGGCGUACCAGCAGUCGGAAGCCUACAAGAUGUGCACCGAGAAGAUCCAGGAAAAGAAGAUCAAGAAAGAGGACUCUGGCUCCGGGCUCAUGAAUACUCUCUUGAAUGGACACAAGGGUGGGGACUGCGAUGGCUUCUCCAGCUUCGACGUCCCCAUUUUCACUGAAGAGUUCUUGGACCAAAACAAAGCGCGGGAGGCGGAGCUGCGGCGCUUGCGGAAGAUGAACGUGGCCUUCGAGGAGCAGAAUGCGGUGCUGCAGAGGCACACGCAGAACAUGAGCAGCGCGCGCGAGCGCCUGGAGCAGGAGCUGGCGCUGGAAGAGCGGCGGAUGCUGGCGCUGCAGCAGCAGCUCCAGGCCGUGCGCCAGGCGCUCACUGCCAGCUUCGCCUCGCUGCCAGUGCCGGGCACGGGCGAGACGCCCACGCUCAGCACGGUGGAUUUCUACAUGGCCCGGCUGCACGGUGCCAUCGAGCGCGACCCUGCCCAGCAUGAGAAGCUCAUCGUUCGUAUCAAGGAGAUCCUAGCCCAGGUCCCCAGUGAGCACCUAUGAGGGCAUCGGCCACCCUGGGGAUCCAGAGAAGACCAAGCUCUGGUCAUGGCCCCUCCCUCACCCCCACCCAUUGGAGGAGGGGUGGGGGUCUACCCUUUGGGGCCAGGCCUGAUCCUGCACCUUGGGGGCUCCAGCCCCCCUAAAACUAAAUUUCUGUAGCAUCCCUUUAGAUUUCAACCUCCCCAGUACCUGGAACCCAGAGAAGUCACCCGCCAUGCACAACGAACAUAGACCCCCAUGACCUCACAGGGCACAUCACGGUCCAGGGACACGGGAACACCACCCGUGAGCAGCAUAACCCAGGACAGGGACUCAGCAGCUCACACACCUGGUGUGGGGAGGGUGACAGGCUACACCAGCUCUCCAAGACCCGCGCCAGGACACAGGACAGAGCAAACCCACACUUGACACGCUGGGCGGGACUCCCUGAAGGUGCUGACCACAAGUGCCCCACACAGGCAGGCACUCUGUGGGACACGCUCACACUUGGGCAGGGCCCUCUGCUUGUCACCCUCAAAUUCCUGCACCCCAGGAUGGUGGUGCUGGUACUGACCACCCUGUCUAGCCGAGGGACGCUAGUGGAGGCAGCCCCUUUGCCACCAUUUAAUCUGACUUUUUAAAUUAAAAAAAAAAGUUGAAUUUGAA